GAAGUUGGAAAGCAGUGUCAGCAGUGCCAAAAGCCCAUUCCCUAUCAUUCCUCUGUGACCUGCAGCGUGGGAAAUCUUAUGGUUCAGACCUGGGUGCGGAGGAUACGGCACGGUGACGUGCAAACAAGAAAACUCCCUGGAGCUGUAGUCGCCGCGGGGCGACCUGGGAAAGUCGGCAACGCAGUGGCGGGAACCGCAGUCCUGAGGCCCUGGAACCUCCCAGGGCUCUCUGAUCACCCAGACCUGCUCCCCUGUGCAGCAGAACAAAGGGCCUGGAAGGAGAGGAGACAGCAGCUAAGGAUGCAGGUUUCUGCACUCACUCCAGGUUGUGGACUCACAUCUGAAAAUUUGGAGCUAGGAAUAUCCUGUGAGAGAGAACAUGCAUUGUCUGUGUUUCUGGGUCUGUUACCUGCAAAGGUUGGAUUACUGGCAGGGAAGCAAGCCCUCUAUUCAUUGUUUCUGAAAGAGAAACUCAGGGAAGAGGAACUAAGAAUGGCUGACUCUCCAGUAAACAUGUCACAGAGUCUGUUGACAUUCGGGGAUGUAGCUGUGGACUUCCCCCAGGAGGAGUGGGAGUACCUGGACUCUGCCCAGAGAGCUUUGUAUAUUGAUGUAAUGUUGGAAAAUUAUAACAACCUGGUCUCUGUGGAGAACUAUUGUAAAUGUGAUCCUGCUCAUCAACAUAUGAAUACAGAAAAGAAGUCAUGUCAGUCUAAUGAGCUUAGCAAAGUCUUUCAUGGCCCCUUUACAUGUGCACUUAAAAAUUCAAGUGAAUCUACACAAAACUCUAAUAACUGCAGCUGCAGUAAUCACAGAGAUGCCUCUAUUGACUCAUCAAACCUAGAUAGACAUGAAAGCAUGGCCACUGGAGAAGAACCUCGCAAAUCUAGAGACUGUGAGAAAUCUUUAAAUUCUUGUUCCAGCAUUACUCAAGAUCAGAGACUCUACACUGCAAAGAAAGACAACAGGCAGGAAGAAUAUGAUGAUCAUUUCAGCUCUGCAUACAGUCUUUUGCAACAACCAAUCUACAUUGGAGAGACACCCCACCAAUGUGCAAAAUGCAGGAAAUGUUUCAGUACUGCCUCAUGCCUCACAGUACAUGAGAGAAUUCAUACUGGAAUUAAACCCUACAAGUGCAAUGUUUGUGAAAAGUCCUUCACCCAGUGGUCAAGUCUUAAAACACAUCAAAGACUACAUACUGGGGAGAAACCUUACAAAUGCAAAGAAUGUGGAAAGUCAUUUCCUCAAUUAUCAGCAUUUAAUAGCCAUCAGAAAAGGCAUACUGGAGAGAAACCUUACAAAUGCAAGGAAUGUGACAGAUCCUUUGCCCACUAUUCCAAUUUCAGAAGACAUCAGAAAAUGCAUACUGCUGGGAGACACUAUAGUUGUCAAGAAUGUGGCAAAGUCUUUCAUCAGCUUUCACACAUUAAAAGCCAUUACAGACUCCACACUGGAGAGAAGCUUUUCAAGUGCAAUGACUGCGACAGAUCCUUUCCCCACUAUUCAUCACUGAGUAGGCAUAGGAAAACUCAUUCUCUAGAGAAGUUUCACAAAUGCAAAGACUGUGGUAAGUCCUUUUUUGAAUUAUCACACCUUAAGAGGCAUUACAGAAUCCAUGCUGGUGAAAGGCCUUACAAAUGUGAGGUGUGCGACAAGUCCUUUACUUUGAAUUCAACUCUUAGAACACAUCAGAAAAUUCAUACUGGGGAGAAACCUUACAAAUGUAUGGAAUGUGACAAGUCCUUUACCAAACAUUCAGAUCUUAGAAGACAUCAGAGUGUUCACACUGGAGAGAAACUUUACAGAUGUAAGGAAUGUGAUAAGUCUUAUACUAGCUGCUCAUAUCUUAGAGCACAUCAAAAAAUCCAUACUGGAGAGAAACUUCACAAAUGCAAAGACUGUGGCAUAUCCUAUAUCCAUAUUGCAAGUCUUAGAAGACAUCAGAGAGUUCAUACUGGAGAGAGACCUUACAGUUGUAAGGAAUGUGACAAAUCCUUUACCAGUUGCUCAAAUCUUAGAAGACAUCAGAGUGUUCACACUGGGGAGAAGCCAUACAAAUGUAUGGAAUGUGAGAAGUCCUUUACCCAGGACUCACAUCUUAGAACACAUCAGAGAGUCCACACUGGAGAGCGACCUUACAGUUGUCAGGAAUGUGACAAAUCUUUUUCUCACUCUUCUGGUUUAAGGAGACAUCAGAAAAUCCAUAAUGGAGAAAAACCACACAAAUCCAAAGACUGAUAGAUUCUUUAAACAGAAUUUGAAUCUUGGGAGACAUUAGAAAAUUCAUACUGGAGAAAAACACACCAUUGUAAAUAAUGUGACCUAACAUUUUCUGGUAUUUUUACUUAAAAAUCACAACAGAAUAAAAAUUAGAAACAUGAAGAUAA